AUGGAGAGUUUUAAAAUAAACUUAGCGUUGAUAUUCUUCUUUAUUGCAUUUGCCAGCGCAAUAAACAAACUAGAUCCUGAAGAAUACAGAUUUUCCUACAGAUGUUUCGAAGACUCAGUGGUAGUUUCUUUUGAACAGCAAUCACCCUACGAAGUUCAUCUGUACACAGUAUCUUCAGACAAAGACGAGUAUAGAUGCUCGAGAACUUUCACUCCAAAUGAACCAGCGAUAAAGGAAUUAAACUUCAAAUCCUGUUCAUACGCUGCCCGACAAUUCCAAGUGUAUGUUGACGAACAAUACGGUAGAUCUUUACAGCAACAUUUCUUCUCAGUUAAUUGUAGAGUUCCAGAAACUCCAAGAGAACUUUCUUUUUGGGAUAAAUUGACCCAAAUUUUUAAAUCAGAUAGAGAAGAAUAA